UAUUUCUUGUAGAGUUUACUAGUAUUUCAAGAUGGCGGCCUCCUUUCGGCUCCGACAUGCAAUAAAAUUAGGAAAAUUGUUUCCUAGACAAGUAACUUAUAAUGUCGAGAGAACGAUUAUUAAACGAACGUGCAGACAAUUUGCUGCAAUUUCUGGUAACUACAUACGCUGUUUCUCAUCACAAACUGCAACUCAAUCUUCUACCGAAUAUCAUAAUAUAAUACAAGAUACAGAAAAAAUUACAGGAGAAAAAGCUAAACAUGAGUUUCAGUCAGAGACACAAAUGCUAUUGCAGAUCGUUGCAAAAUCAUUGUAUUCUGAUAAAGAGGUAUUUAUUCGUGAGCUGAUAUCUAAUGCCAGUGACGCUUUGGAAAAAUUAAGAUACCUUAGAUUAAGCAAUAAUGAAAUAGGAGAAGUAGCUGGUGAUAGAAAUUUAGAAAUUCACAUUGCUACUGAUAAACAAAAUCGUACUCUGACUAUUCAAGAUACAGGAAUUGGUAUGACGCGUGAAGAACUAAUAUCCAAUUUAGGAACAAUUGCUCGUUCUGGUUCCAAAGCAUUUUUGGAACAAAUCAAAGAUAAGCAAAGUGAAGGAGAUCCAUCUAAAAUUAUUGGACAAUUUGGAGUUGGUUUUUACAGUGCAUUUAUGGUAGCGGACAAAGUUGAUGUUUAUACAAAAUCUUAUAUGAAAGAUGCUGAAGGUCUUUGCUGGUCAUCCGAUGGAUCUGGGUCUUUUGAAAUAUCGCAAGCAGAAGGUGUACAAGCAGGUACUAAAAUUGUUAUACAUUUAAGACCCGACUCUCGUGAAUUUUGCGAUGAAAGCGUACUAAAAGGUAUCAUUACAAAGUACAGUAAUUUUGUGGGAAGUCCUAUUUAUGUUAAUGGUCAAAGAGCUAAUACCAUACAACCUCUGUGGAUGGUUGAUCCAAAAAAUAUCACGCCUCUACAACAUGCAGAAUUUUACCGGUUUAUCGGAAACUGUUUAGAUGUUCCAAGAUUCAUAUUACAUUAUACAACCGACGUACCAUUGAGUAUAAAAGCAUUAUUAUAUUUUCCGGAAGAGAAACCAGGUCUAUUCGAUUUAGCCAGAGACACUACUGGAGGUGUAUCUCUGUAUAGUCGAAAAAUUUUAAUCAAAAGUAAAGCGGAAAAUCUUUUACCAAAAUGGUUACGUUUUGUAAAAGGUGUUGUUGAUUCUGAAGACAUUCCUCUUAAUUUAAGUCGUGAAUUGUUACAAAAUAGCAUUUUGAUUGGAAAAUUACGUAGUGUACUUACAGCUCGCGUACUGAAAUUUUUACAAGAACGAUCUGUAAAACAACCUGAAGAUUUUAAUAAAUUUUAUGUAGAUUAUGGACUAUAUUUGAAAGAGGGUAUCGUUACUAGCAAUGAUCAAUCUGAAAAGGAAGAUAUAGGAAAAUUAUUAAGAUUCGAAUCUUCUGCAAAAUCUCCAAAUGAACUAAUUAGUCUUCCGCAGUAUUGUAGUCGUCUUGCUCAGGACCAAAAAAAUAUAUAUUAUUUGUCAGCGCCUAAUCGAACUUUAGCGGAGCAGUCACCAUACUACGAAUCUCUUAAAAAACGAAACGUUGAAGUUCUAUUUUGUUAUGAACCUUAUGAUGAAUUAGUUUUGAUGCAUCUAAGGCAAUUUAAUUCUUAUAAUUUAAUAUCGGUGGAAAAAGAGAUGCGAGAUGAUAGCAGCGCUACUAAAGCAGAAAAUUUAGGUGUUAUCAAUAAAGAAGAAUUGGAUGCUCUCGUAAGCUAUAUGCAAAAUCUAUUGAAGAAAAAAGCUUUCGAUGUUAAAAUGACAAAUCGUCUUGAGUCACAUCCUUGUGUAGUCACUGUUCAAGAUAUGGCCAGUGCAAGACAUUUUAUACGCACACAGAGUCAUCAAUUGAAUGAAGAAAUGCGAUACAAUAUUCUUCAACCAAGAUUUGAAAUCAAUCCAUCUCAUCCUUUAAUUAAAAAACUUUGUCAAUUAACGAAAAACGAUUCCAAGCUUGCGGAUCUCCUCAUACAACAACUAUUCAUGGGUGCAAUGGUCGGUGCAGGGUUGAUUGAAGAUCCACGUAUACUUUUAAAUCCAAUGAACGAAUUACUAACGUUGGCUCUGGAGAAACACUAAACUUAGGUUUAUGCUUAAUAAAAAAUUUAAGUUAAUUCUAAGACUUUGUUGUAGAUAAUGUGUCGAAUUUAAAUAAAAAAAAAGUAUUUUAACAUUUUUAAAAUAAACAACCAAAUAAAUGUUAGUUUACCUAUUUGUUUUUUUUUUUUAUGUUAAAUAUAAAAUAAAUUAACAUUUUUUAGUAACUAUAUUGUAUAAACUCAUCUUAACUGUAUUAUGCACUUAUGUGCAAAUAUUCGGCGAAUGAAAAUAAGUAUAAAAAUUGUGAAAUGAAGUGAUAAUUAUUAACAGUUUAAUAAAUUAUAGGCAAGAUUGGUUUCUUUAUU